AUGCUGAUAGUCCUCGAUCCUGAUAUGAUGUACCAGUUGACACAAGCUAAUCAAAUACCCAAAGACAAAGGAAUACGUAAAUUCUUGCGCCCACUUACUGGGGAGAAGGAUUUGGUCACUUUAGAGGGGCCUGAAUGGAAGCAUUGGAGGUCACGAUUCAACCCAGGGUUCAGCAGCGCCCAUAUACUGACAUUAGUCCCCGGCAUGGUAGAGGAGACAAUAAUUUUCAAAAACAUACUCAGCAAGCAUGCAGAGUCAGGCGAUAUUCUUCACCUGGAGGAAGCUAGUCUAAAUUUAACGAUAGACAUCAUCGGGAGGGCUGUGAUGGACCACAGCUUUCACAGCCAAACCAGGUAUAACGAGAUGACGGCCUCACUGCGCAAUCAGUUGUUGUGGUGCACGACUGGCUUAAACGCUAAUCCUCUUGAAUAUUUCAACAUUUUUCGACCAUUUGUGCAUCUUUUCAAUUCCUGGAAGAUGAACCGGUAUCUCGUGAAGGAACUCGACACUCGUUACACAAGCCUUCAAGCCAAUGGAAGUGACAAGAACAAUUUGGGAAAAUCAGUCAUUGAUCUUGCACUUGCAGCCUAUGUGGAUGAGACACCGUCUGCGACUGGGAUCAAUACAACAUUCAAAGACUUUGCAAUUAGUCAGAUAAAGUUGUUUGUGUUCGCUGGUCACGACACAACUUCUGCGGCAGCUGUUUUCACAUAUCAUCUACUUUCCCAAAACCCAGCGGUUCUCGCCAAGGUCCGUGAAGAGCAUGAUCACAUAUUUGGCGAUGGCAGUUCAUCGGUCGGUGAUGUGAUUAGCUCCAACCCGGCACUAUUGAAUCGUCUCGUGUUUACUCUUGCGGUGAUUAAAGAAAGCCUUCGCAUAUAUCCUACGGUCGCCGCACUACGAGACGGCCAAUUUGGAUUCUUUCUGCAGGAUGAAAAUGGUCGAAAGUUCCCAACAGAGAAUUGCUUGGUCUGGGGAGACCAUUAUGCCGUUCAUCACAACCCGUACGUUUGGCCUCGACCGGAAGAUUUUCUGCCCGAGCGCUGGAUGGUAUCUGAAGGCCAUCCAUUGUAUCCUCCCAAGAACGCGUGGCGCCCGUUUGAGAAAGGUCCGCGGAACUGUAUCGGGCAAGAACUGGCUCUAACGGAAGUCAAAGUCAUGUUGGCGAUGACGAUCAGGGAGUUUAAGAUCACUGAUGCGUAUACGGCGUUUGACUUAAUUAAAGGAAAUCCGAUAGGUGCCAACGUCAAUGGCCAACGUGCUUACAUGAUGUUAAGAGGAGGUGGGCAUCCCGCUGAUCACUACCCGUGUAAGGUCGCAUAUACUUAA